UUGCAAGCCGCAAGAAAGUAGAAAUUCCUGUAGUAGGUCUUAUUAAAUUAUUAGAGAAAGUGUAUUAAUAAUAAGGCAACAAAUUUAUCAAGUGACUUUGUCACGACUUAUUGGCCAUUGUAAUUGCUGCUGUCGCUCCUGCUCAUGAGUAGUCAUCGAGAAGGAGCUGAACUCGAUCGUAUAACUAUUAAAAUACACAAUAUGAAGCGCAGCGCGUCUCGCUCUCCAGGCAGAGGUAACUUGGUGCGCAACUCUAGGAGCAUGGGUCGUGGCUAUGACAAUGGCAGCGGAGUGCCCGGCGAUUCGCCCGAGCGUAUCUCACCUGAGCGUAUGCGCCGUCGCUUGGAACGUUCGCCUAGUCCACGUGGACGUUACGGCUCUCCGCAUCGAGAUGCUUAUAUGCGAGGACCUCCUUCCGCAGAACGUCCAGCCGGGUACAAGGUAUUAUGCGUAAGCGCUUUGCCGCCCAAGGCUUCAGAUGAGUUUAUUGAAGAGACGUUGUACAGGGAAUACAAGAAGUUUGGCGAUUUCAGUGUGCGUUUAGCUCAUGAUUUGGACGAGCGUGUGGCAUAUGUUUGUUUUCGCACGCCGGAAGAUGCACGCGAGGCCAAGCAUCACAAGCCGCGUUUGAUAAUCUAUGAUAAAAUGGCCAUCGUAGAGCCAGUUUACAAGUCCACUACUCGGCCAGAGUAUAGACCACGUCACUCUAUGUCGCCGCCAGACUAUGAGCGUUAUCAUUAUUCGCGUUCGCCAAUGGGUCCAGGUGUUCCAUUGGAUCAUCGCCGUCCGCCAAUAGAUCCCUAUGACCGUUAUGGACCACCAAUGCAUCCGCAUGCAGUACAUCCACGUGAAUAUCGUCCCAUGCAUCACGAGUAUCCACCACAUCCUCCACGUGGCCCUCCUAUGCACCGUGGGCAUGCCCAUCCGCAUGGUCAUCAUAUGCACGGCCAUCCGCCUCCACAUCAGUAUGCACCUAUGCGACCCAUGGCACCUAGACCGCAUGUGCCGUACGAGAAGCCAGAAAGCAAGAAAGACAAGUUCCCAAAUUAUUUGCACCAUGUGCAGCCCGAAGAUGAUCCGCUGUCAACGCGCACACUAUUUGCUGGAAACCUUGAGGUAACUAUUGCCGAUGACGAACUGCGUCGCAUUUUUGGCAAAUACGGCGUAGUUGAUGAUAUUGACAUAAAGCGACCUCCUCCCGGCACUGGCAAUGCGUUUGCUUUUGUGCGCUAUCAAAACCUGGAUAUGGCGCAUCGGGCCAAAAUUGAGCUAUCCGGCCAGUACAUCGGCAAGUUUCAGUGCAAAAUAGGCUACGGAAAGGUGACACCUGCAACGCGCAUGUGGAUCGGUGGCCUUGGCGCAUGGACUUCGGUCACACAGCUGGAGCGCGAGUUCGAUCGCUUUGGUGCUAUUAAGAAGAUCGAGUAUCAAAAGGGCGAACCCUAUGCCUAUAUACAGUACGAAACCGUAGAAGCAGCUACAGCGGCGGUCAAAGAGAUGCGUGGUUUUCCGUUGGGUGGACCGGAGCGUCGGCUGCGCACCGAUUUUGCCGAGCUGCCUGGCGCUACGCCUGCUGCUCCUUUUAAAAGCUCAAAGCCUUCAUACGAUGAGGCUGCUUUAGAGUACAGACGACCCGAAUAUGAUCCUUAUUACGAGGAACCAGCAGCGGCAUCAGCGUAUGCACCACGCGUUGGCUAUUCCCCGUAUCCGCCACGUGGCGGCUAUCGUGGCCGUGGCGGUGGCUAUCGUGGACGUGGGCGUGGAAUGUAUCAUUAUCACAAUGAUGUUCACAGGCCACCGCAUCCGGGCGCAUUGAGUGGUACAUCUGCUGUGCCUCCGCCAGGUGGUGCUGAGGACGAAUGGCGCCGUCCGCCCGGUGAGUCUUAUGAUCGCGCGCGCUCCAGCUCGCGUGAACCCGGCGUAGAGCGCUCGAGGUCACGUUCACCGCUAAAGCGAGCACGCUCGCCCGGUUCCGAGUCAGAUACAUCGACACGACGCACCGAUGCACUGGGUAAUGUUACCAGCGUUUCGGAUGUGGCACGCAAAUGCAGUACCAUAUGGACGGGAGCGCUAAUACUAAAGAGCUCUCUAUUUCCGGCCAAGUUCCAUUUGACAGAUGGAGAUACAGACAUUGUGGAGUCGCUGAUGCGUGACGAGGAGGGAAAACAUAACUUGCGCAUUACGCAGCGAUUACGUCUCGAUCCACCCAAGCUGGAGGAUGUUCAGAAACGCAUUGCAUCCUCCUCAUCGCAUGCCAUCUUCAUGGGUCUGUCUGGCUCCACUGUGGACACCAAUUGCGAUGACGCCAGCGUACAGACGCGUCCGCUGCGUAAUUUGGUUUCGUAUCUAAAGCAAAAGGAAGCAGCCGGUGUGAUAUCACUCCUCAACAAAGAAACUGAAGCCACAGGCGUGCUCUAUGCCUUUCCGCCCUGUGAAUUUUCCACGGAGUUGCUGAAGCGCACUUGCCACAGCCUUAGCGAAGAGGGUCUUAAGGAGGACCAUCUGGUCAUUGUGGUGGUUCGUGGCGGCACAGCCUAAAGGACAAAGGAUUCGGUCGACUCCAGCUUACACACAUACUGGCAUACACAUGCAUAUAUACAGACAAAGAUAGUUUUUCCCGAUUUAUACACAUAUGUAUAUGUGUAUAUAAUAGUUGUGGAUGAGUAUGGAUUUACAAGGAGUUACACGCACAUACACACACUAACAACACUGACUGGUAUUAUAUUAAUCCCAUAUAUUAUUGUUCUUUUUGCAGACAUUCUUUAUCCCUUAACAUUAUUUUGUUUACUGCAUUUUAUGGUUAGACAAAAACCAAACGAAAAGAAAAGUGUUAGUGUUAGUGAGUGUGUACAACAAAACAAAAACCGUUAUAGUUACAGUUCAACAGUUUGCAGUUACUUUUUGAUUUGUCUAACAACUAUAUAUUGCUAACAAUUGUGCCAAAAACAAAAAUAGUUCU